GCAUUUUUUUCAUCGUGAGCCGGUCAAGAUGGCGGCGGUAUUGCCGAGACGGAGCAGCCGCUCGGCUUAAUCGAUCACUUUCUCUAAAUCAUCGGGGCAGAUCGGAUAAAAUCGACCAAAUUGUCCGACGCAACUUUGUGAAAUCGCCUUUGAUUUGCGAUAUACAACGUGAGGCCCUAUCGCGUUAAACCGGGUGUUUUUUCACGGAAAAUGCUCUUACUCUAGUGUGUCUCGUCCAUUAACUGUAUUGGGGAGAAUGGGAGAAAAGCUGGAGUUAAAACUGAAGUCGCCGGUCGGAGCCGAAGCUGCAGGCUAUCCGUGGCCCUUACCUGUAUAUGAUAAACAUCAUGAUGCUGCACACGAAAUCAUCGAAACCAUUCGCUGGGUGUGUGAAGAGAUCCCAGAUCUUAAGCUGGCCAUGGAGAACUACGUUCUUAUUGACUAUGACACCAAGAGCUUCGAGAGUAUGCAGAGACUAUGUGAUAAGUACAACAGAGCCAUCGACAGCAUUCACCAACUGUGGAAAGGGACCACCCAGCCUAUGAAACUGAACAAGCGGCCUUCCAAUGGCUUGCUGCGUCACAUCCUGCAGCAGGUCUACAACCACUCUGUCACCGACCCGGAAAAACUCAACAACUACGAGCCAUUUUCUCCAGAGGUAUACGGAGAGACCUCCUUCGACCUGGUGGCUCAAAUCAUCGACGAGAUGGAGAUGAUGGAGGAAGACACCUUUGUGGAUCUGGGCAGUGGGGUCGGUCAGGUGGUCCUGCAAGUUGCUGCGGCCACCAAUUGUAAACACUACUAUGGCGUGGAGAAAGCAGACAUUCCAGCUACCUAUGCAGAAUCAAUGGACAAAGAGUUUAAGAGGUGGAUGAAGUGGUAUGGCAAAAAACAUGGCGAGUACACGCUGGAAAGGGGAGAUUUCCUUUCAGAAGAAUGGAAGGAACGAAUAGCCAGUACAAGUGUUAUUUUUGUGAAUAACUUUGCCUUUGGUCCUGAGGUGGACCACCAGUUGAAGGAACGAUUCGCCAACAUGAAGGAAGGUGGAAAAAUUGUUUCCUCUAAACCAUUUGCACCUCUUAACUUCAGAAUAAACAGCCGAAACUUGAGUGAUAUUGGCACAAUAAUGCGAGUUGUGGAGCUGUCCCCUCUGAGGGGUUCGGUGUCCUGGACAGGGAAGCCAGUCUCGUACUAUCUGCAUACAAUAGACCGCACCAUACUUGAAAACUAUUUUUCUAGUCUCAAAAAUCCUAAACUCAGGGAGGAACAGGAGGUUGCCAGAAGGCGCCCACAGAAGGACAGUAAAGAGAACAAGAGCAACACCACCACCCCGACCAAGCCUAAAGAGCACAAGCAGGCGCAGCAUGAUUCGGGUGGUGAAGAGGAGCCAGUUGUCCCCGUGAAGCCGUCACCCAAACCCCGCCGGGCCAAAAUUCUGACCAGGGGCCGCAAGCUUGGCAACAGGAAGCGCGGGCGACCCAAGAAGGCACCAGCUGCAACUGCAGCCGAGCGCAAGAACAAGAAGAGCCAGAGCGCCCUCGACCUGCUGCACGCCAAGACCCUCUCAGCGGCCCCUGCUCAGGAACCAUACCGGUCACCUCAGAGUCCGUUCUAUCAGCUACCUCCCAAAGUGCAGCAUUACACAUCCAGCCAGCUCCUCAUGGCUCCCACUCCACCUGGCCUGCAGACGCUACUGGAUAACAUCAAAGUCCAGUACCUGCACUUCAUGGCCUACAUGAAGACGCCACAGUACCGCACCAACCUGCAGCAAUCGCUUGAGCAGGAGAAGCUGAGACACACAGAACUGUCAAGUCAAGCCCAGCAGCUGGUCAACGCUUGUCAUGCUCACAAGGAGAGGAUUCAUGACCUUUUCCAGUCCAAACUAGAAGAGCUGGGUGUGAAGGCGGUGACGGUGGAGGAUCUGGUUCAGGCUCAGAAGGAGAUUACAGCCCACAACAUGCAGCUGCGCGAACAGACCAAACAGCUGGAGCAUGACAUGGCCGAGCUCCGAGAUCAGAGCCAGCUGCUGCUGAAGGCUCGCUGUGAGGAGCUCAAGCUGGACACUCUGUGUUGGGACACUCUGAAGAAAGAGAUAGAAGCUCUGCGGAGACAGAUCUCUGAGAAACAGCGCCACUGUCUGGAGCUCCAGAUCAGUAUAGUUGAACUCGAGAAGAGCCAGCGACAGCAGGAGCUCCUUCAGCUCAAGUCAUCCUACAGCCCUUGUGAAGUGUCCCCCUACAGAAAAGCCCUCCCUGGCCCUGAUCCUCGGCCCACACUGGACCCGGAUACCCCAAAACUCACCCCGCAAUCCUCUAUGGGGCUGAACGGCCUCAGUCCUGAACUCUCUAUCAACGGCACUGCCUCUCCGGGUUAUGAAAGAUGCACCGGAAGUGCAAUGGGCAAAAACGAACUCCUCACCCACUACCUGCCCAUUUCUCCAGACCACGAAAUUGUGCCGCCAACCCCGGACUCCAGAACCAGGCAGCUUGGGCAACCCCUGCCCGACUACACCCGCUUUUCUCCAGCAAAGAUCGCCCUCCGCAGGCACCUCAACCAGGAUUCAGCCGCAAACCAGUUCCGGGCACUCGGAAACAUCCAUCGGGGCGACACUGGUGCCAUUUCAUCUCCAACACUGGGCUUUAAACAGGCUUCACCAUGUUCCUCGGAAGUUCAAGCGGUCACCACAGCCAAGAGCACAGAUAGGGCCGAUAAAGAAAAGAGCCCGACUGCACCCGGCGACACUAUAACCAGUCUACCAAUCAGCAUCCCUCUCAGCACUGUGCAUCCCAGCAAACUUCCUGUCAGCAUCCCUCUGGCCAGUGUGGUGCUGCCGAACCGCGUCGAAAGACUGAGGAGCACUCUUAGUCCGGUAUUGAAUCCAGCAGGACAGAGCAAUGGCAAGCCACCUCUCACGCCUACCUCAGGGUACUCCUCCAGCUCAGGAUUGGUUAAUGGGUCUCACUCCACCAUGCUGACCGAGGACCAAGACUGUGAUGUUGCCUCCCCUCCUCCUCACAGCACUCCCGUCAUGGGUCUUCAGCCCCGCGGCUCUGGCCUCAGUCCUCCACUGGGCACCGGAGGCGUUCUCCAGUACGCCGACGGUCCACCAAGGCUUCCCCCCGAGGAUGGCCAUGAGCGCCAAGGCCCCGAAUCCGACACAGAGCCCUUAGAUAGUGAGGCUCGCCGGCGCAUUUUUUUCUCUUCAUCCUCCUCUUCUUCCUCAUCCUCAUCCUCCACUGGAGGCUCGAGGCUGCACCAUGGGUCUGUAAAGCAGGGUCACCAUCAUCACAGUAAGCACCAUCACCACCACCACCACCAUCAUCACCAUCACUCUCCAAGCUCCCACAGCCAAGAGGGCCGAAAACGAGGAAGACGAAAGCGCAGCUCAUCUGGAGCCGUGCCCAUGAGUGGAUCCCCCAAAAGAAGGGUCUUUCCUGGACUGGGCUGCUCAAGUCAUUCCUCUGGAUCACCGCUUAAUAUCAAUUCAAUGGUAAACAACAUAAACCAGCCUUUGGAGAUCUCCGCCAUUUCUUCCCCAGAGCAGUCAGGCAGAAGCCCAUGUGAGCAAGAUCUGGAUCAGCCACCUGUUUUGAAACGAGAGCGUCCUCUUGAGCUCAACAACACCGGCCGUUAUUCCUCUGCCCCAAGUUCAGAUGAAGAAGGCAAUGGUUACGCCCCGGACACCUCUAGUUCAAGCCGAAUUGAACGAAAAAUUGCUACUAUUUCCUUAGACCGAGAUGGACCAGUUAGAGACUUGGAAAGAGGUUUACAGGGACGUAAAUCAGGUGCCAGCAGCGUGAGCAGCGAGGUAUCCUCUUCCUCCGGAACCAGCAAGUGGAAAUCCACCUUCUCCCCCAUUUCUGAUCCCAAGCCAACUCCUCCAGACAUCCGCCAAGGUGGCUCACCAUUUAGCGUUGGAGCUUCCCGAGGAGGCACAGACUCAGACUCGGACCACAAACCCCAGAGGAGAGGGGAGCGUGAGCGUGAGCCUUAUGGAAAUUCAAAUCUCUUCCUCAGUCAGGAUGGCAGUGGUCGCUCGGCGGUAAACACGUCAGAGCGUUCGCUGCAGAAACAGAAAGUGCGGGAGUGGGACCUGAAAUCUGUAAGUGGAUUGGCCAGUCAAAACCUAUUUAUAUCUGCAGCAGCCAGUGGAGGCAUCCUGAGUGGGAAAGUGGGCGGGGCUGCCACUGUGUCAUCCGCCUCUGCGGUAGGGCAAUAUUUCCCACUGGGCGGAGCUUCUGUUCUACAACCCUUAUUUGGAACUCAGGCAGCGGGACCAGCCACCAGCGGAGCCCCCCGAUUGGUCAACGGACAUUCGGCGCUUGGCAGUUUCUCCAGUGCCGGACUGGCAGGGGGCGCUGCAGGAGGGAUUUUUCACCACAUGGUGUCUUCAAGCUCCUCACAGCAGUCUGGGCCCAAUCUCCCAAGCUCCCAUAAUUCCCAACAGAGGCAUCUGGACACGAACCCCAAAGCAGGGGCCUCGUUCUUGGCCUCUGGCCCUAACCGCACUCAAACGGUCCUACACGCACCCUCUCCACCCACGCUCGCUCUUCCCCCGCCCCCACCCCUCCUGAACACUGUCCCGUCCCAACCGUCCUCUCCGCGCUCAUCCAGACCGCAGUCGUCCAUCCCCGUGGCCACCUCGUCCCAAUCCCUGGCUGCCGCGUCCUCUUCCUGCACCUCAUCCGCUUCCUCAAGGCCCUUCACUGUCCACUAUCCUCCGCAUCUGCAGCCUCCGGGCAGCGCUGGUUCAGGUGGGACGGGGGCCUCCUGGAGGACUCUGGCAUCCUAUACGGCCUCGCAGAUUCCUGGGAAUCGGCCCAGAUAAAAUAAAAUUUAAAAACCCAGGUGGGAGAGAGGGGUUGACAUAGGGGGAAAAAGACUCUAAUCGGAUACAGGGAAGCUACUGCGUUUGUGCUAGCUUAUUUGUUAUGAGGCUGAAUAAGGUAUGUGGUGUUAGCAUGGAAACGGGCAACGCUUUGCUGCUUUUGCUUUACAUUUUUUGUUUAUGUAGCUGCAUUUCCUGCACAUUUGGAGUUUUUAUUACUUGUUUGUUUGUUUUUGUGGUUAUUUUCCCUUGAAAAAUUGAACUUAUGAUUGUUUAUGUUAGCAUUGGCCAUUUUGUUUUUGAGUGUGUUAUUUUGAAAAUGUCAUAUUACAUGUUCAGGGCUCAACAAUGGUGGUUUUGAUGAUGACGAUGAUGAGCAAUGGUUUGUACUUUUACUAGUCCCACAAAAAAAAUUAUUUUAAUGUAGUCGCAAUACAGGAAAUAUAGCUGUAAUGUAUUUUUGUAAGCGUUUGGAAAUUAUUUAUUUUAUUUUUUGAAUUUAUUCCCCCCACCUUCAAAAUGGAUAGCUAAUUUGCAUAUUUUAUUAUUCAAUUAAAAAGCUAGGAAUGUUAAAAUUGUAAUGUAGCUGUAAAUAUUCUUAUAAUCGUAAUGUAGCUGUUUGAUAUGACUUGUAUAAAUAUUUUUGCUAGAUUAUUGUACUGAUUAUUUUAUUAUAUGAUUAUAAAUGAUAUAAAUUAAUUACAUCAGUAGUUUUUUUAUUAAGUGGUUCGUAUUUUUCGUAUUAAUCAAUACAUGUAGGUGUGAAAUGUCACUAAUUGGCUCAUAUUUUUUAUUACUAUUAUUAUUAGUUCAAGUUACCUUAUUGGUUAUUAAAGGAAAAGUUCACAUAAAAUAAGUUUUGUUAUUAAUUACUCCCUCUCAUAAACUCGUAUGACAUUCGUUCAUCUUAAAAACACAAAUGAAGAUGUUUUGGAAGAAAUCCAGGAGCUCUCUGUUCAUAGAUUUGAGAAUUUCAAAAAGGUACCAAGAAUAUCGAUAAAACAAUUUGUAUAUCUUUUGUGGCUCGACCAUAAUUUUCUAAAGUUUUUCAAAGACUUUAAACUAAAACAAAUAUAAUAGCUUUAGUCUUCUUUUUAGCAUCAGUUCAGGACACAAGUUCACUGUUUAGCCCAUGUACUUGGUAUAUUUUAGUGGUGUAACGGAUCACAUUAUGGUUUUUUAGUCGUGAAUCAGACAAUUAUUAUUUUUUGGAUCAGCCAAAGAGGGGAGGAGAAACAAAUGUCAUUUGCUUUCCAUUUUUUACAAAAACAGGACUGCAAGACACUUUGGUUUAAACAAACAGAACACGGAACCUGUAAUUUUAAUACAAAUAAAACGAAUAAAUAAUCAGCUGAACAAAAAUAAAUUGUAAGAUAUUCAGUACUGUGAAAAAUUCACUGUUACUACUACUGUUGCUGAUAACACUAAAGGUAGAAAUCCAAAUUUAAAAUCUAAACCACCCAUAUUUAUUUUUAGUCUAAUUUUCACUAAAUGUUUCAGUUAUUCACUCAUAAAACUUCAUGUUUCAUUGUUAGAUGUGUCAUUUUUGAAGAAUUAUUUAGUGGCAUAUCUUUGAGGCUGGUUGUCGCCAUCAAUUGGUUAAAUAGUGUAACUGCUGCCAACAACUUCUGUUUUUGAUUGUCAAUAAAUGCAUGAUGGUGAUUUUAAUCUUACCAUAAACAUCAGUGGUUUCAUCUAAACUAUAAACUGUUCUCCCAGUACUUCUGUGUUAUUUUACUGUUUGUAUGUUCAUAACUAACUCAAAAGACUCAAAAGAUCUCUUUUUUGAUUGUUGCGUUUUUCAAUCACAGAUUUGAAUGCUGUGAUUUGAAGGAUUAAUAAACAUAUGCCAAUCUCCAUUAUAUAUAAUUUAUGUUGCGUGGGUGUUGAGAUCCCGAUCUUUUAAUGAUUAAUUGUGCAGCUUACACUGAAUGCAUUAAUGCAGGUUAAACAAGCAGUGACAGAAAACACCUUUAAUAACCUAAGAAACCCACCAAAUGCCGAAUAACCUACCACAACAUCUUCCUUCAUCAUUUUAUUUGAUAGGAAAGCCUAAAUGCUUUCAUACAUGUUAUUUGAAUGAAGCGAGAGUCGAUCUCCCUGUGAUCGUUACAAAUUUUGGAUUAAUCUACCAAUACAUUUUUUUUUAAAUUAAUUUUUGCAUUUUGUGUGUUCUGAACUGAUCCAUUCAAAUUACCGAUCAACCGUAAUCCGUUACACCCCUAGAAUCUUUACGGACUUUAAAAGACCAAUUUAUUGUUUAUAGAGCUUUUGGAUUUCAUCAAAAUAAACGUUUAAGGUAAAUAAAGGCGAGUAAUUAAUGAUACGAUUUUUAUUUGUGCGUGAACUAACCCUAUAACAAUUUAUUAUGUUCAUGAAAUGCUACAAAAUCUUUCAAAUGUUUGUAAUGCACACUACUUUAAACAUAUGUAUGAAUUAAGUUAACUAAGUUUAUAUACAUACACACAUUUAAUAAUAAAGCAACUGUAUUUUUUUACAUUUAUUAAAACCAUUGAUGUAUGUGUAUAUAUAAUCAUCAAGUUUCAAACUUUUUUAUAUAUAUAUUUUUUUGUUGUAUGUAAUAUUUAUUAGUAUAAUUAUCUGCAAAAUAACGACAAAUUGUAAUUUUCAGCCCAUUUUAAGUGUUUACAAGACAAUGCAAACCUUGCAGAAUUUGUUACAAAAAAAAAGUUUAAAUAUUGCAAGCCAAAUGUUUAACUUUGCCAGGCAUGUGAAUUGUUGAGCCCUGAUGUUCAUGAAAUGUCUGUCCACACCUUGUGUAAUUCCUGGAUUUUACCCCUCGACUGGUUACAGGUAACUGAAGAAAUCUACCUCAACCCAACAUAACCUAUGCAAUGGACAGGUGUGGACCAAUGGGCUCGACUCGCUCACCGGUGCUCAAACAUUUGCUAAAGCCGCCAUUGUAAAAACUGGCAUGGGUAUCUGAAUUCAUCACAGGUGCAGCUUAACACACACACACACACACACUCACUCAUUGCCCCUGAAUCACAUUCAGAUUCUCAGUUUGCAGCUUCCUUUUGUUUCCGAGUGUUUAAAGGUUGCACCAUGUUGGGCUGACGCUAACAGUUAUUCGUCAGUAAUUGUGAGUUUAGCAUGAUGUUACUGAUGCGCGUGCUUAAAUUUGAGAUGGCAGGAAUAUCUUUAGUCAGUCCGCUUUCGUUAGGCUGUACGCAUAAAUAAUUUCUAUAACCUUGCUGCUGUUUUUGUUGAAGUGGCUUUUAUGAUUGAUAUCUUCUGUUUGGAUGAAGCUCAUGACGAUGUUUUAAGAUUUAAGUUGUAAAAGGACAGUUCACCCAAUCAAAAUUGACUUUUUACUUGUCCUCAAUUGGUUCCAAAUCUUUGAGUUUAACUUUCUGUUGAACCAAAAUAUUUUUAAGAAAUCUGGAAACGAUUGACUUUCAUAUUAGGAAAUACUUUGGAAGUCAGUCUUUACAGGUUUUAGCUUUCUUCAGAUUAUUUUUUGUCUGUGUGUGUUCAACAGAGAAAAGAAACUCAAACAGGUUUGUUGCAAGUGAAGGGUGAGUAAAUAAUUACAGAAUUUUCCAUUCAACCCAGCGGUGUCAAACUCAGAUCCUGGAGGACCAUAGCCCUGCACAGUUUAGUUCCAACCCUGCUUGAAGCCUGAAGGACUCAAUUAGUUUGAUCAGGUGUGUUUAUUUAUGGUUGGAACUUAAUUGUGCACAGCUGUGGCCUUCCAGGAACUGAGUUUAACCCUUUAAAUCUGAGCUUGUGUUCAAGUGUUCAAUAUUUUGUGAAAUACAACGUUAACCACCUUGAAUUGGGCAUUUAAACAUUUGAACUGUUUGUUUAGUGAUGUAAAAUAUCAAUGAAAAGUAAUGAAAAGACCUCAAGCUCUAGCUAAAAGAGUACAUUUCCAAGUGAUAUUUCACCCCAAAAAGAACAUUUGAAGGUAUGUCACCAAACUUCAAGAUUUCUUUGGUAUUGUGAGAUUUGUGUGACUCUUUAAAGGAUAGUUUUCCUAAAAACUCCUACACACAGGCCAUUCAAGAAGGUUUUCUUCAUAGUUUUUAUGAGAUUUUAGGUUUUUUUUAGAUAAAAAGUAUUUGAAGGAAUGAGGGUGAGUAAAAUUCAACAAUAAAUUAUAAUUUUUUAAGAAAUCUUAAUUUUUUUUAUAUGUUUUUCAAAAAUCAGAAAGUGGAGAUGUAUGCAAGAAUAUUUACUUAAAGGAAUAGUCUUUUUUUGGAAAAGUUUCAUUUUACAAUUCCCCUAGAGUUAAACUGUUUGGUUGAACCAUUAUUUUAACCCAUUUAGACUUUUAGCAUAGAUCAAUGGUCUCAAACUCAAUUCCUGGAUGAUCGUCACUCUGCAUAGUUUAGCUCCAACCACCUCCAACUCACAUUAUUUAAUAUUCUCUAGUAGUCUUGAACACCUUGAUUAUAUGGAUCAGCUCUUUGUGAUUAGGGUUGGAGCAAAACGGCGCAGAGCUGCGGCCCUUUAGGAAUCCUAUGGAAACCUAUGGUUUAAAUCAUUAAAUCAGGUUAUACCAUGUGUCAAACUCAGUUCAUGGAGGACCAGCUCAGCAUAGCUUAGUUCCAAACCUAAUUAAACACACUUAAUUAAACUAAUUAAGUCCUUCAGGAUUGUUUGAUACCUACAGGUAAGUGGUUUGAAGCAGGGUUUGAACUAAAUUGUGCAGAGCUGCGGCCCUCUAGGAACUGAGUUUGAGUGGGUUAAACCAUUAGCACAGGAACGCCCAAUCUCGCUCCUCAAGGGCCGGAGUCCUGCAUAGUUUAGCACCAACUUCCUUCAACACGCCUGCCUGGAAGUUUCUAGCAUACUUUGAGCUUGAUUAACUGAUUCAGGUGUAUUUAAUUCCGGUUGGAACUACAAUAUGUCGGACACCGGCCCUCCAGAACCGAGUUUGGGAUCCCUGCAUUAGCAUCUCUCAAAAUAUUAUUAUUAUUAUUUUUUAAGUUUUUAUGAGCAGAGAUGCUAAUGGUUUAAUCCAAUUUUGGAUCUAUGCUAAGCUAAGCCUAAAGUGUUGUAUUUAGAGUUGAAGUGGGGGUUAAUAAUGUAAAAUGUUUCCUUUUAGCGUUUAAUUAUUUAUUUCUUUUGUUUUGGGGUGAAAUAUGACUACCAGCCAUGUUCUUUAUGGGCUCAGUUGAACCUAGCUUUGUUUUGGUGAACUCGGUCUCAAAAUGUAAGAUUUUAGAAAACGAAUAAUCAUGAAAGCCCAGACCAAAUCUAAAUCUCUAAUUAAAUCAUCUGAAAAAGAAACAAAUUAUUGUCAAAUCGUAAAUAAUAAGAUUCCAUGAGAUUGCGCUGGCUACACCAAUAGAGAAAUAGUUUGUGUUCGUACACUGGAUCAUUUACCUGUGGAGCUGUUAUUGACACAUUAUGACAGUGCGUCAUUUUUAAAAAUGUAAAAGUAGCUUUUAUUAGUCAAAGGGAAAAACGCUUCUGUACAUUUAAAUAGCCACAAUUCCCAGGAACACACGAGUAAAACAAAUCUGCAGGGAGAGAAGCAGUUGAGCAGAUGCCUGUAAGGAGCUGUUUAAUCAGGCUAGUCACUUUAACUUCUCGAAUCACUACUUUCACCGUUUGGUUUGGAUUAGGGCUUUUGUUUUAAUACUCAAGCUUCCACGUUCCUAACAGUUCCUGCUGAUCCUUUAAUACGGUGCACACUUAUGGUUCAGACGACGUAUUGCGCGGUACAGGCUUAUUCAGGGGAAUCUGGUGCUCAGCAAAUUUUCCUUUGAGAAUUCGGUGCGUUUUCCUUUUGGAUUUUGAAAUCCAAAGUUGAUGUGGUGCUCAUCGCAAACCUGGAAAACCAGCACACGCUUGUAUGUACAUACACACACUGGGAAUGACAAAACAACAAGAACUACUGGGCAACUCCAACUCAUCCUAUUGUUUCUCUUUUAUUCCUUUGUGAUUUUUUUUUGUACUGUGAAUGGUAGUCUUUCUGUAUAAUUGUGUAUAUAAUUUGGGUUAUUUAUCAUUUGAAUUUUCUGUUUUGUGCUCUUUGUUUUGUAUCGGAGCAGAGCACAACAACGUGCAAAAGUGUAUGUACUUGACUCGCAGUCUAAAACUAAAAACAUGGUGCUACAAUCUGUACAACUUUAGACUGUGCUUAUUUAUAUUAAGAUCAUCAACAAGAGAGAAAAUAAGAGAUGAAUAAAGAUUUUUUUGGUGCUUCUUUUACACAGGGAUGUUUUCGAGCCUCACGGCAUUUAUUUUUCCAAUAUUUAUAAUCCUAAUAUUUGGCGCCCAGCACAAAAGCAGCCCGUGCUUGUUUGGAUCAGUGCUGUUUUUAUAUUGAAGAAACACCUUCUGGUCUUAAUCUAGCUCAAAGUACAUUGCAGAACUUUAUAGGAUGAUUUGUUUGUUCUGAAGUAUUCACGUUAAUGGUGCUCCAACCUGUAUGACAGGUGUGAAUGCUCUUAAGAUGUGGCAAAUUGGUGCCAUGUGUGUGUUUUAAUUCAAUUUUCGUUUUUAUUUCUUGAAAAGAGAAAGUGUGCUAAGCCUGUUUGCCUAUCAUUUUGGGCCUCGUACGGCUCGGUGCUGUUUCAUAGUAAAAAAAAUAAUAUAUAUUUUGUUUUCUUUACAAAUGUAACACAAACUGCUUCAUCUUACACAAACUGGUGCUGCAGAAUAUACUAGUGCGCCCAUACCAAAACUUACAAUCCACUAUCAAAGCCUGUCUACAAGAUUGUGUUGUGUAACUUAGAGUUUGAGCCUUUUACGUAUUGUGGUGUUGUGAAAAUGUUCUGAUGUGACCAGUCGUAGAGAUGGCUAGCGUUUAGUCAGUUGACUAGCACUAGUGGUUAACCAAUAUGAGCUUUGACUGAAGAAUCAGUAGCGUAUCUAAAGAAUACACUGAUAUAAUUAUAUUUGGGCAUGUUUCAUGCUAAAAUGGACAUUUUUGUUGUGUUGUUGCAAACCUGAAAGUCUUUAUUUCUUCAAAAAAAAUUGUUAUUAAGGAGGAGUGGAAAACCAUGCAAUAAAAAAGUCCAAAAUUAGACUCCAUUGACUUUCGUUAAAACUGUUUUCGACAGACCAAGGGGGGCCAAGUCGGAGCACUCACUACGGUCCCCCAGGCGCUGCUCUGUUUGGGGAAAAUCCAAAUUGAGCCAAAUCAAUCUAUUAAAAUUGGUUUAAGAUUGGCAAUUGAAAUUUGCGACUUUGCAACCUGAACAACCUGGGAAAACAUUUUCGACAUUUGCCCACCAAAUAUCAAUUGUCGACUUAUCAGUGCAUGGACUUUGAUUCAAUUUUCCACAUUUAUCCCCGAAUAUCAUCGUUUGUGUCUUACAGAGGAAUUAAAGUCAUACGGCAUAGAUCUCAGUUCCUGGAGAGCCGAAGCUCCGCACAGUUUUGCUUCACCUUCAUUAGUUGGAUCAGAUGUGUUUGAUCUGGGUUGGAGAAAACUGCAGAGCAGCGGCUCUCCUGGAAUUGAGUUCCAAACGUAUGUCAUACAGGUUUGGAGUUUUGAAAUUCUCACCUCAUUGACUUCUAUUAUAUGGGCAAAAGAUUUUGCACAUUUGCGCAGAUUCCAACAUAUUGGUCUGUCACUAGCUGCUUAAGCGUUGUCAAAAUAGUCAAUGGUGUUCAUCAUCGCCAGCUUGAAGACAAAAUAGUUCCGUUUCCUUAUUUGCUUUUACCGUUUUUUGUUGCUCAAGGAUAAAUCCACCUCACCUAAGCUUUAGAAUGCCGUUUAAUAGAGUAUGGUGUGUAAUAAUAUUACAGAACUUUGUGUAAAUGCUCUUUCUCUCCGAUUAAAAUGAGGACGGGGAUGAUGAAAUAGGAUAUUGAACAGUAAAUGAGUUACCAGCACUGAGAGUUUUGUUUUUUUGGGGGGAAAUUUUUACUAGUCUCUGUUAAUGUUUCCUGUUUUAAUGGCCAAUUUGUGAUUUGAUAUCUUUGCGACUGUUUAUCAAUGAUGCUUUUUUUCAAGAUUUCAAAACCCUAAGGUGCUCUCCUACACUUUAAACAAGGACAAUGCAGCUAUGGAAGUUCUUGCAUUAUGAACGGUUAAUAAACGUCAGUGCAAGUUUGCUUGUUUUACUUUGAGACGUCUCAUUUGAAAUCUUUUUUUCCCACCAUCAUCCCCACACGGUGUGGAAAUUAAGCUUAUUUAAAAGGAUAACAGAUGGUCAUUUUUUUAAUGUUGCGUUUUCUCAGGUACGUGUACGAGGUUGUGAAUCGCAAAAGGCAUCUGGAGUCCUUCUUGCAAAGUUCUAAAGGGUUAUGUUCUGAAUAUGUCGAUUUAAAUAUGUAAAUUCAUAUAGGCUUUUGUCUAGUGUCUCAGGAACAUCCGUUCUGGCUUUGUUCAUAGUUUUGCAUAUGGAAAUAUGGAAAAUAUUGUCUGUCUUCCUAGCUGACAGAUAUAAUUUAGAGCCAGUUUGCUUCGCUGCACAUUAUUGACCUGUGAUGGGAGAUUCAACUGAACAGCAUAUACUUAAUAAUCCAACUCAAAGCCUCCAUUUAAGUUCUUGGAUGAUGUUGUGAAUCGUGCAUUCCGGUUAUCAAUAUUUCACCGCCUUUUCAUUGUUCAGCAGAAAUCUCACAGGGUAAUUGUGCAACAGCAAACUCUUUAAGAGGUUUGUGUCACUGUUUGGUGCUUUUAACUUAAAAGACUUCUAAUGACAGCCUAAUUCACUUGAUAAGGUUUUAAAUCUCGGCUUUUUGUUAACAAAGUUAAUAAAGUGUUUCUAAUGAAAGCUCAGUUUGAUCUGUUUUUAUUGCUUGUUUAAUAGUGUAAUGGGCAAAGAUUAAUGUCCAGCUGGGAACGGUAAUAAAUGCCAUUUGGCAAUAAAAGAACACGGCAUGGUUAGAAAGUAAUCAGAGUCUGUGAUGGUGACUUUUGUUAAAACCACUACACAUGAGCAUUUGCAAUACUUAUGUCUUUUUAAACUGGGUUUUUCGGCCCAUUUUGACUAUAGGUCUGCUAGUAAAGAUGAUACUUUCUGUUAAGUUCAUUGAAAUCCAACUUGCAGCAACAUCAAGCUCAAUGAGUGGGUGCCUUGUUGUUAAAACAACAUCAAAUAGUGUAAAAAAAAAAAAA